GAAAAAAAAAUCAAUAUGUCGAUGUUUUGGGGAUUGGUAAUGAAGCCUAACCGCAAGUACACCCAGACGAUUGUAAAGUCGUUCCAUAUUUCGGGUGUUGCUCUCGAUAAGGGAGAGGAGGCCAAGUUGUAUUUGACAGCCGAAAAGCAAAAGUAUGUGGUCGCCACAGUCCGCAAAGAUAAUCCACAAGUCCCGCUGGACUUGAACUUUAGCAAGGGCGACCGAAUCAUAUUCCAAACAACAGGCGACGCCACUGUUUCAUUGCUGGGCUACUUGCAUGACAUUGAUUCGGAAGAUGAGGACGAUGAGGAGUUUAAUUUGAAGACUUUAUUGAAGGGCAAGGCAGACAAGAAUGGCCAGAAGGAUGAGGACGAAGACGACGACGAGGAAGGCGAUGAAGACGAUGAAGACAUUGAGGACAGUCAGAUUAUCGAAGAGUACGAGUCCUUGCUGGAAAAUGGCGACGAAGAAGAUGAUGAGGAGGACGACGAAGAUGAGAGUGAGGAAGAGGAUGAUUCUGAGGAGGAGGAUGAGCAGCCCAAAGCCAAGGUUGCCAAGAUAGCACCCAAAGCUAAUGAGAAAGCAGGAAAAGAUCAGAACGGUGUAGCCAAAAACCAGCCGGAGAAGCAGGCGAAGAAGGAAAAACCCGAGUCCAAGAAGGAGCAGCCGAAGGCCAAGGAGCAGGAGAAAAAGCCUGCCGGCGGCGAGCGCACCAUCACGGGCGGUGUGAAAAUUUUGGACCUGACCACUGGAAAAGGGCCAGAGGCCCAGAAGGGAAAACGUGCCACCGUAUACUACAUCGGUCGUCUCCAGAGCAACAACAAGACCUUUGACAGCAUGCUACAGGGCAAGGGAUUCCGCUUCCGCCUAGGAGGCGGUGAAGUCAUCAAGGGCUGGGACACUGGCGUCAUUGGCAUGAAGGUUGGCGGCAAGCGUCGCAUCACGUGCCCCCCGCACAUGGCCUACGGUUCCCGUGGAGCUCCUCCAAAUAUUCCAGGCAACUCGACACUUGUCUUCGAUGUGGAGUUGAAGGGAGUGAACUAAAAAUAAACAUCAUAUAGACUCUGUAAUGUAGCAUUUAAGGUAGUAUUCCACAUCGUACAACUUUUGAGCAACAAUUGAUGAAAUGUUAAAAUAAAUAUUCUUUGUUUUUCACGCUGUUCAUAAAUAAAACAGUUUUGUAACAUA